UUUUAGCCUGAACACCUGAACACAGAGGAAGAGACAGAGCCAUUUUUCUGUCUUGUUUUUAUGGAGCCAUGAGGGUCACGGCCAUCAGAAUUCCAGCCAAUCAGGCGCCGGGACCCACGUGGGGCUUCUGGCCCCGGCUCCACACCUGGACUGGGUUGGAAUCCCCGCAGCUGGUACCAUGGUGACGAGGGCGGCUUCUGAUUGGUCGGCUCGGUGGGACAUUGAUACUUUCCCAACGAGAGACUCGAUGGUGAUUUAAAGCUAAACCCGAGCAGGCUGGAUGAUUCCCGCCAUGUCCGAACCGCGGCAGCCCAAAUGCUCCCGGUGCCGGCACCACGGCUUCAUCAUCCGGAAGAAGGGCCACAGCAGGUGCUGCCCGUUCUCCGGCUGUGAGUGCUGGAAGUGCGGCCUGAUCACCCGGCGGACCCAGGUCAAUGCGCUCCAGCGGAACCUGAGCAGAACCCGAGAUCGGCCCCGGAACCCGAAGCCGAGGGCCGAUCGCAGGGCGGCGGGAGACCCCGCUGCUGCCGCCGGGACCCGGGAUCCGGACGGUUUGGGUCCAGAUGUCCGGAACCAGCGGCCGGACCCGCGAGGAGAACCCGGUUCCGGUCCGGACGGCAGAGAUGUUCCGACCUGUCUUCCUCCUCCUCCUCUUCCUCAGCUCCUCUCCCCCCUCUCGUCCCGCUCCUCCUUGGCUCCGCCCCCUGACCUCCUGCUCCACCUGCCGUUCCUACCUGCGCUCCCCGCCGGCCUGUAUGACGACCUCUGCAGGCCGUUGAUGAUCCCGCACUUCCUGUCAUACCCCGCCCCGCCAGCAGAGGACUGCAGGCUGGUCUUCCUCCCGCUCCACCCUGCUCCUGAAGCGCCCCCUGCAGGCUGCGGGUCCAACAGCAGAGCCUGAAGGACCGGCGGAUUCUGGUCGUCGCUUCCUGUUCCAGUUCCAGUUCAAACUUCUUGUUGUCACUGUUUGGUUCAGAGGGGGUUAAACUGAAAGUUUGUUACCUUAAAUUAAAUGCAGAGCUGUGGCUCAUGACCUGGAUCCGCUCUGUUUGGUUCUCAGCUGCAGGUUUCUGGCUCACAGAACCGAAUCUGGGCCGGAGACGCUGUUAGUCCUGCUGGAAUUCAUGUGUUACUGCAUAGAACCAUGUCCUGGUUCUGGAUGGUUCUGAUCAGUGGUCCAGAACCUCUGAGGCCUCAUUUAGGUCCUGUGAGGAGGAAAAAAAUCUGAAGUUUUAGUUUUAAUGAUUUGAUGCAUAAAUGACGUCAAACUUGAUGAAUCAGAUGGACAAAGUUCUGACAUCUGACCCGGUUCCCAGGUGUUUCAUGGGUCCGUCCAGCAGGGGGCGCAGUAGCACAGUGUUCCAUUCAUUCUGCACUUCCCAACUGGACCUGCAGAGCCUCUGGUUCUGGCCCGGUCCAUCAGAGAACAUCUAGCAUCUAUUUCUGUGUUUUUAUGUAAUAAAAUUUAAGAUGUAAACCCGA